AUGAAUUUUUCACGAAAAAAUGAUAAAAUUAUUUUAAUUGAUGGAGGUCUUGGCACAACAUUGCAAGACUAUGGUUGUGACGUAAAUAAUGAUCCAUUAUGGUCUGGAAAAACCUUAGUCAAACAACCGGAAAAACUUGCUGGAAUACAUCGAGCUUUUAUUCAAGCUAAAUGUGAUUUUAUUUUAACUGCUACUUAUCAACUUUCAAUUGAUCAUUUAAUGAAAUAUUGUCAAUUGUCUCAUGAACAAGCAGAAGAAAUUAUUUAUAAUUCAGUAAAACUUGUUCGAAAUAUUAUCGAAGAGGAAAAAGCACAGUGUCAUGUUGCAGCUUCAAUUGGUCCCUAUGGAGCGAUGUUAUGUGAUGGUAGUGAAUUCAAUGGAUGGUAUACAGAUUCAAUGAGUAUCGAACAAUUCAAAGAUUGGCAUCGACCUCGACUAGCAGUCUUAGCUCGUGCUGAACCUGAUUUGAUUGCUUUUGAAACAAUUCCAUCGCAGAAAGAAGCUGAAGCACUUGUUGAAUUACUAAAAGAAUUUCCAAAUGUAAAAGGUUGGCUUUCGUUCAACUGUCAGGAUACUAAAUCAACAGCACAUGGUGAACCAAUUGAAGAAGCAGUAGCAUCUAUAUGUUCUAAAUCUUCUGCUGAUCAAAUAAUAGCUGUUGGUGUUAAUUGUGUUCAUCCAAAUAAUGUUAUUCCUCUUAUUGAACGAAUGAAUAAAAUCGAUCGUGAUUUAAUUGCCUAUCCUAAUGCUGCUGUUACGUGGGAUGCUGAAAAAAGAGAAUACAAUGGUGAACGUCCUUCAAUCGCACCAUUUAUUCGCUCAUACAUUGAUGCUGAUAUAAAAUACAUAGGUGGAUGCUGUCAUGUCGACCCCAAUCAAAUUCGUACAAUGCGAGAUAUUAUCGAUGAAUAUAGACCAUCAGAGAGAUCAUAG